AUGGUAAGCUAUAUGCAAGAGGGACUCUUGCUUUCCCAAUCCAAAGACGCAGGAUUUUAUGCGGCCGUGACCAUUCACGAGCUUACCAUACCGAACGGACACCCGAAAUGGGAGGACAUUGCCGAUAGCUGGACAAGGGUCGUCGCGCGACAUCCUGCCUUGCGCACAAUCUUUCUAGAAAACAUUGGCGCUGAAGAAGGCUUGUAUGACCAGGUCGUCUUGAAAAGUGCCGACCCCAACAUCGUACAUCUCCAAUGUGCGACCGAAGAAGAAGCACUUCGGCUUAUUGAAGAGCAACGCUCAGUCAGCUAUGAAAACGGUAGCAACCCUCCUCAUCGAUUCACCAUCUGUAGCACAACUGAGGGCAGGAUAUUCUGCUGCCUCGAGAUCAGCCACGCCAUCAUGGAUGGGCAUUCCAUGAGCGUACUCUUCCGAGACCUGCGACAGGCCUACGAGAACAUCCUUGCCGAGGAUGGGCCGCCGUAUGCCGACUAUAUUGCAUAUCUCAUGAACCAGCCCCAGGAGGCUAGCCAAGACUUUUGGAGGUCCUACCUUAAAGGGAGCGAAGUCUGCUCAUUCCCAAUGCUCAACGAUGGCAUUACCUCUGAGAAGCAGCUGCAGAAUAUUCGCGUGGACUGUGGCAAUAUUAGCAUUCUCGAUCUACAAGCGUUCUGCAAUGCUCACGGCAUCACGCUGGCAAACAUAUUCCACACAGCAUGGGCAGUCACUCUCAGUCUCUAUGUGGAUAGUCCCGACGUGACCUUCGGCUACCUCACCUCUGCAAGAGACUCUGAUGACAUUCCACGCGUGCAGGAUAUGGUGGGACCUAUCAUCAACACCCUGGUUUGCCGCGUGCAACUGACCGACGGUACACGAUCACUGCUAGAUGUCAUCCGAGACGUCCAGCGCGACUAUAUAGAUUCCAUACCGCACCGACACAUUGCACUUGCUGAAGUUCAGCAUAUGUUGGAUCUAGCCGGCGCGAAUCUCUUCAAUACUGCAUUAUCCUACCGACGCCUGCCCUCCGAGAACACGUCCAACAAUGAGAAACUCAAGUAUAUCGAGAAGGCACCUAUAUACGAUCCUACUGAGUACCCAGUCUCGAUUAAUAUCGAGGUCUCUGAUGAGGCUGCUAUGAUCGACCUGGACUUCUGGUCGGAUUACCUGUCCACUGCGCAGGCAGAGAACGUCGCCAGUACAUUCGUGCGUACUUUGGAGAACAUUCUCCACAACGCAGAACACAGUCUCAGCUCUCUCGACAAUCUCAGCGGGAGGCACUGGCAGAAGAUUCAAGAUUGGAACGUCAUGCAUGAUACCAUCCAUGAGUGUGUGCAUCGCAGGUUCGAGGAGUGGGUGAAGGCACAACCCGAUGCUCCUGCGAUCCGAGGUCACGAUGGCGAUUACACCUAUGCUGAGCUCGACGCAGUCACCGAGCGCUUAGCGCACUAUCUCGUUGACCUUGGGGUUGGUCCAGAAGUGUUCGUUCCCACCUGUUUCGAUAAAAGCACUUUCGCUGUCGUUGCCAUGCUGGCAGUCCUCAAAGCCGGUGGAGCAGCAGUCCCGCUUGAUGCCAAGCACCCGAAGCCAGCACUUGAAUCGCGAGUGGAGGAUACGCAAGCGCAAGUAGUCUUGACUACGGCUGCUCGCUCGGAGCUUUUCGAAGAUAUCGCUCCGGAUGUCGUUGUUGUUGACUCUGUACUACUUGAUGAUCUAUCAGACGUCGAAGGUGCGGCGUGCAUGGCUGUUGAACCGCAUAAUCCUGCAUUCGUCAUCUUCACAAGUGGAAGUACUGGAAGACCAAAGGGUGUCGUGCUGGAACACGCAGCUUUCGUUACUAGUGCGUAUGCCCAUGGCAGUAGGUUGGGUGUAGGGCGUGACACUCGGUUCUUACAAUUUGCGUCCUACACAUUCGACAACUCUCUAGAAGAGAUGUUCACUACACUUCAAAGAGGAGGCUGUGUCUGCGUCCCGUCCGAAGACGAUCGUAAGUAUUCAUACACUCUGUUUGUUUUCUUUGACUGA